AUGAUUGUGGAAGCAGAUUACAGUCAGUAUUCUGGCACUGAGAUAAUUACAUACCUGGACAGUACAGAAGUUCUCAGAGAGCAAAGUGUCUCCUCAAAGAGAAAAAGGUCCACAGAAACACCUGUGAAUAAUCACUGUGACAAUAGGAGGGUCGACAACAACUGUGAUAAUACACCAUGCCAUAACGGAGGCACAUGCAGAGAUUCUAUUGAAGGCUUUUCAUGCGCAUGCGAAAGAGGUUUUACUGGAAGUUUCUGUGAGAUCAAUAUCGAUGACUGCCUUGACAACGCGUGUGAUAACAACGCUACAUGCAUCGAUGGGCAUGAUAAAUAUACAUGUGUUUGUCCGGCUGGCUUUAAGGGUGACUUAUGUGAAACCCACUUUGUUGACGGUGGUUGGACAGAUUAUGAGAUAAGUGGUGAAUGUUCCGUCACAUGUGGAUCUGGAACGCAGCAGAUGUCACGUGUUUGUGAAAACCCAAUCCCAAUAAAUGGCGGGAAACAGUGUGAAGGCGAUAGUACAAAAACAGUUCCAUGCGAAACCAACGUUGUCUGCAUAAAUGAAUGUGGAAAGGACCCGACGACUCUAGAUAAUGGAAACAUGAAUUGUGUAUCAGAAAAUGACGAGAAACGUGUUUGCAGGCCCACGUGUAACGAUGGUUACGAAUUUGACAGCGACCUCUAUAUUAACUCUUCCGGUAUCGUCUGCGGGCCAGAUACCGGAUAUGUUUGGAAUAUAAAUAACGAGGACAAUCCCGAAUCACAGAUUCCUUCUUGUCAACCAAAGCACCUGGCUCCAAAACUGUCGGUAAAUCAAACAGGUGUGUACAAUACGUUGAGUACUGAAACUUCUGAUGUUGAAAACACCAUAAAGUCGACUGUAGGCGACAAACUGAAAACAGCUGGUUGUGUUGCCAACGGAACAUGCGAAUUAAAGGGCGUUCACAUUUCGUCUUCAACUGACCAAUCAGAAGAGAGGAAACGAAGAGAGACAAGCUUUGUAUCAUUUACUAUAGAGCUAACAUGUGACAAUACUAUAGACAAAGAUAAUUGCUAUGACUUACUGGCUGAGAUAGUGUCUAUUUUCAACACAUUAGUAGAAAAUCUAGCGUUCACUAUACAAUAUGGUGGCGUUGACUACGACGUUGGUGUAAACAGUACGUACCUGGACGGUUUUGCGGAGUGCGAGACGGGAUAUGCCUCUGUCUGGCAGUAUUGUGUAUCGUGUGGUAAGGGAACAUAUGCCACUAACGACUACUGUGAGAGCUGCCCUCGAGGCUACUACCAGGACGAGGAAGCACAGCCCUCGUGCAAGAAAUGUCCUGAUGGCUGGACCACUGCCGGACUUAUGUCUAGAGACAGCAUUCUUUGCAAUGUUGAGAAACCUGAUGAAGACACCACAAUAAAUUGGAUUCUGUACAUUAUCAUUAUUGUGGUUGGAAUGUUCUUUAUAAUUCUGGCAGUUGUAGCAACUGUUUACUGGUUAAAGAAAAGUGGAGAAGAACCCGAUGGUGAUAGCACCCAGUGCAGCACAUCUAGCAACAAUGGUAACGGAAUUUCAAAUGAUAGUGUUGAAAUGAGAACUUUAAACGCAGGACUGAGUGCUCCGGUUGAGACGAGUCGUCAACCUAUGGAUGACUAUCAUGGUGCUUGCAAUAAUCCCAUUUACAAAGAUGCGAGUGCUAAUCCGGUGGCGUAUACAGAUGCGAGUGGUGCUUAUAUUAUUUUAGAGACCAAUUUAGAUAAACCACCGUUAUCACCACCACCAGUAUACAAGAAAAAUCCGAAAAAUGCAUGGGAAUAACAUCUGUAUCCGAUAAACGUUUAGCAAAGUACUCACUGUUUAUUCGAGCACCUAC